GCCUCUGCCCGGCGUCGGUGACUCAGAGUGUCCGCGGGAGCGCCGCAGCCCCAGCAGCGCACCCAGAUCCCGAGGUCCGACAGCGCCCGGCCCAGACCCCACGCCUGCCAGGAGCCCGCCGAGAGCCAGCCGGCCCGCGCGCUCCGGCCCCGAGCAGUCUCUGUCCUUCGGCCCGAGCCCCGCGCCCUUCCCGGGACCUCUGCCCCGCGGGCAGCGUUGCCACCCUGCCGGCCAUGGAGACCCCGUCCCAGCGGCGCGCCACCCGCAGCGGGGCGCAGGCCGGCUCCACCCCGCUGUCGCCCACCCGCAUCACCCGGUUGCAGGAGAAGGAGGACCUGCAGGAGCUCAAUGACCGCCUGGCGGUCUACAUCGACCGUGUGCGCUCGCUGGAGACGGAGAACGCAGGGCUGCGCCUUCGCAUCACCGAGUCCGAGGAGGUGGUCAGCCGCGAGGUGUCCGGUAUCAAGGCCGCCUACGAGGCCGAGCUCGGGGAUGCCCGCAAGACCCUCGACUCGGUGGCCAAGGAGCGCGCCCGCCUGCAGCUGGAGCUGAGCAAAGUGCGCGAGGAGUUCAAGGAGCUCAAAGCGCGCAAUACCAAGAAGGAGGGCGACUUGAUGGCCGCCCAGGCCCGGCUCAAGGACCUGGAAGCUCUGCUCAACUCCAAGGAGGCCGCACUGAGCACUGCACUCAGCGAGAAGCGCACGCUGGAGGGAGAGCUUCAUGACCUGCGGGGCCAGGUGGCCAAGCUCGAGGCAGCCCUGGGUGAGGCCAAGAAGCAGCUCCAGGACGAGAUGCUGAGGCGGGUGGACGCCGAGAACAGGCUGCAGACCCUGAAGGAGGAGCUGGACUUCCAGAAGAACAUCUACAGCGAGGAGCUACGUGAGACUAAGCGCCGGCAUGAGACCCGGCUGGUGGAGAUUGACAACGGGAAGCAGCGUGAGUUUGAGAGCCGGCUGGCGGAUGCCCUGCAGGAUCUGCGGGCCCAGCAUGAGGACCAGGUGGAGCAGUACAAGAAGGAGCUGGAGAAAACCUACUCUGCCAAGCUGGACAAUGCCAGGCAGUCAGCUGAGAGGAACAGCAACCUGGUGGGGGCUGCGCACGAGGAGCUGCAACAGUCCCGCAUCCGCAUCGACAGCCUCUCGGCCCAGCUCAGCCAGCUGCAGAAGCAGCUGGCGGCCAAGGAGGCAAAGCUGCGGGACCUGGAGGACUCGCUGGCCCGCGAGCGCGACACCAGCCGGCGGCUGCUGGCCGAGAAGGAGCGGGAGACGGCGGAGAUGCGGGCAAGGAUGCAACAGCAGCUGGACGAGUACCAGGAGCUGCUGGACAUCAAGCUGGCCCUGGACAUGGAGAUCCACGCCUACCGCAAGCUCCUGGAGGGCGAGGAGGAGAGGCUGCGCCUGUCCCCCAGCCCCACCUCGCAGCGCAGCCGAGGCCGCACCUCCUCCCACUCCUCCCAGACGCAGGGGUCGGGCAGCAUCACCAAGAAGCGCAAGCUCGAGUCCGCGGAGAGCCGCAGCAGCAGCAGCUUCUCGCAGCACGCCCGCACUAGCGGCCGCGUGGCCGUGGAGGAGGUGGAUGAGGAGGGCAAGUUCGUGCGGCUGCGCAACAAGUCCAGCGAGGACCAGUCCAUGGGCAAUUGGCAGAUCAAGCGCCAGAAUGGAGAUGACCCCUUGCUGACCUACCGCUUCCCACCGAAGUUCACCCUGAAGGCUGGGCAGGUGGUGACGAUCUGGGCUGCAGGCGCCGGGGCCACCCAUAGCCCCCCCACCGACCUGGUGUGGAAGGCACAGAACACUUGGGGCUGUGGGAACAGCCUGCGCACGGCUCUCAUCAACUCCACUGGGGAAGAGGUGGCCAUGCGCAAGCUGGUGCGCUCAGUGACUGUGGUUGAGGACGACGAGGAUGAGGAUGGAGAUGACCUGCUCCAUCACCACCAUGGCUCCCACUGCAGCAGCUCGGGGGACCCCGCGGAGUACAACCUGCGCUCACGCACCGUGCUGUGCGGGACGUGCGGGCAGCCCGCGGACAAGGCUGCGGCCGCUGGCCCGGGAGCCCAGGUGGGCGGAUCCAUCUCCUCUGGCUCAUCGGCCUCCAGUGUUACAGUCACCCGCAGCUACCGCAGUGUGGGGGGCAGUGGGGGUGGCGGCUUCGGGGACAGCCUGGUCACCCGCUCCUACCUCCUGGGCAACUCCAGCCCCCGCACCCAGAGCCCCCAGAACUGCAGCAUCAUGUAACCCGGGACCUGGAGGGCCGGCUGAGGCUGGAGGUCUCCCGCUUCCUCCUCCCCUCACGCCCACCCCAACCUGCACCUCGCGGGAGGGGGCUUGAAGCCAAAGAAAAUACCCCUUUGGUUUUUUUUCUUCUAUGUUUUUUUUUUUUUU